GAACGCCCUGGUUGAGAAUUCGAACAAAACCAACUUUACAGAGAACACAGAUGUCGGAUAUCCAAACUAUUUGACAUAUAAAUUUGAUUUCCAGUUAAUCGAUUGCCAACAAUAAGAAAAGUUGUUCGUUUUAAAUACAUGGAACAGGCAGAUCUCUAUUUGAGCGAUGGAAUUUCUCAAAUAGACUACGUUAUUGUAUAUAGUUACUCGGAUGUUACCAAGAGACGUUACUUCAAGAGGAUUUUUGAAAAUUUGUUGGCGCAGUUGGGCGAAUUUCAUAUAGAUUAUGAAAUCUCGACUAGUACUGUGAACGAAGAUCUUCGUUGUUUGAAGAUUCACGCAUCUACAUAUAUUUUAGAAGAAUUUGCCAAUUUGCAUAACGUGGAAGUAGCCUACAAAAGUAAAUCACCGCAGAUUGGAGAAUACCUGCAAUGGUGUCGUUGCUUGCAUACCAUUUUAUCACUUCCCGACCCAAAAAACGAAAUUACCAAGAGAUUGAGAAUUAUGGGUGGAUCAUCCAAAGCUUCCCUAACCCAAGCUGAAAGAAUCCUCUUGACAAAUUACGUACUGACAAAUAUAAAAUUUGGAAAAGGUGUUGAUGAACGAGGUGUAGAGAGAAUUCUGAACAAGAGGAUAGUCAAAGCAGUGUUUCCAUUGCACGAGGGUAGCACACAAUGGACAAAUGAAGGACCCCUAAGUGAGAGGCAGUUGCUGUCUCGGUAUUGGGCGGGUUUGAGAUAUAUGGCAAAAAUUCAGCCACUAAAUGCCAUAGAGAAGUAUUUUGGACCUGAAAUGGCAUUUUUGUAUGCUUAUCUUCAGCUCUCCACUGAGAUGCAACUUGUGGCCAGUAUUAUGGGGUUAUUGUUCUUCAUUAUUGGAAUAUCCGCUGAAUCAAGACAUGCCAAGGAAAUAAGGGCAUAUAUUUGUUCCAGCGAAGAAAUGAUGUGUCCUACAUGCCAUCCGAAAUUUUGCAAACCCAGGCAUAUGCAUACGUAUUGCGGUUUCAUCUUUCAAUUGAACCAAACCUUCGAUAACGUCGAGAUGUUUGUGUUGGGCAUUUGUAUCACCUUAUGGGGCACAAUUUUCAUGGAAUUUUGGAAGAGAAGGCAGACCUUAUUCAUUCUGAGAUGGAAUCUUACCUCUUUGGAGACUGACCUGCAGAUAAGGACAGGUUAUGAGAAAAGAGCGAAUCUUUUAACUCUAAAUCCAUUCACCAACGAAUUAGAGCCUACUAUGUCAUUGCCAGAUGUUGCUAUUAGGGUUUUUCUUUCUGCAGCUUCUGUUAUUUUAUUGAUUGGUUUAGUGUUUGGAAUGGAGAUUGUUGUGAUAAUGAUGAAGAUGCAGCUCAAAAUAGUGCUCGAUAAAAAUGAUUAUCCUGAAUUGUUUCAUAAAAAUGUCGACGCUAUCGUUUCUUUCACCGGCAGUGGAGCUACUGUUGUUGUUAUUCUGAUAAUUGAUAUGGUCUACAAAACUGUCUCGAAAUUCCUGACAGAUUGGGAGAAUCCAAGAACUCAAACGCAAUAUGAUAAUUCUUACAUGAUGAAAUGCUUUUUGUUUGCAUUUGCAAAUAACUAUACAAUGAUUUUGUAUAUUGCUUUCUUCAAGGGUAAAUUUUUCACCCACCCAGGUAAUGAAACUUUGAGCGAUCUUAGAGGGGCAUACAUAACUGACACCUGUCACUUGGGAGAAUGUAAUUCUGAUCUAGCAGUUCAGGUGAUGCUCAUCCUUGGUAUCAAGCAUCUAUUUUUCAAAUGUGUUGGGAGAUAUAUGUUCAAAAUGAGUGUAGUAUUUUGGAAGGAAUAUGCCAGGAAAAAGAAAUCAUCAGUUGCUGAAGAACAAUGGGAGAAGGAUUACAUUCUGAAGUCAUUUGGUAGAUACGACAUAAUGAAGCAAUAUAUUGAAAUAAUUCUUAGACAUGGAAUGGUCUUGUUCUUCACUUCGGUGUGCCCUUUCACACCUUUGUUGACACUCAUCGUCAAUAUCUUGGAGAUGAAAUUGUAUUCGUUCGCUUAUAUUCAUUUUUAUAGACGACCUAUACCAAGAAAAGUUCAAGGAAUUGAAAUGUUUAAUUUUAUUUUGCAAGCCCUUACAUGGUUCGGUGUAACAGUGAAUGCUCUUUUAGCACUGAUGACGAAAAAUUUCGCAAAGAUGCACUUUUAUUUAGCUUCGGUGGAUAAUAAUAUAACCGCUUUCAUGAGUAAACGCUUUUCAGUUUUCUCGAUGGCCGAUUAUGAAUAUAUAAAUAUAACACAGAUGAAUUUCCCGGAAAACAUGACUUGUUACUACCCUGGAAAUAGAUUCCCACCAGAUCACCCUCGGAAAUAUGAAGAGCACGAAGAUCAACUCAAAUAUAAUGCAUUUGGCUGGAUGAUGGUUGUGGUAUAUUUGCAUGUGGUAUUUCUGCUCACCAGAUUAAUAGCCCUAUUCAUCCCCGAUAGCUCCUCGGACGUGACAGAUUAUGUGAAUUCUCUGUAUGCUGAAGAUAGAAAGGAUUUAAGAAUAUUCAGGAACCAGCAAUAUCAAUCGACCAAAAGUCUACAUAAAUCACUUCAUAAUUUUCCCUCUACAAGCAAACAAGAGGAAGAUGAAGAGGACAUGGAAGAAAAAUCCACUCGAGAAAAGUUCUUUCCCGAUCUCUACUUCAGAAGUGGUGGCAAACGUAUAGACUACGUUAUAGUGUUCAGUUAUAGACAGGUCUUGAGUUCAGAAGUUGCAAGAGAUCAUUUUGCCAGGUUCUUGGACAAUCUUGUAGGAAGGGGAUUUCAUUUGGAACAGACACAUCAUACAAAAGAUCCCGAUAUCGGUUUCAUCAAAAUACAUGUGCCCCAUGAAAUUCUUGUGGGUUAUGCAGAUGUGGUGAACAUAGAUCUGAUGUUUAAAAGCACCCCCCUUGCUAUUGUCCAUAAAAACGCUUUUCUAAAGUGUCGCAGAACUGCUCUAUCCUAUGAUGACGAACGUAGUCCUGUUUACCAUAGGGCUAAAGCCACAAUUGGUCGCGAACAUCCUAAAAGAAUGACCCAAGCUGAACGAAUUCUCAUUACCUAUAACAUGCUGCAAGAAAUUCCAUUUGGAUUUGGUAAAUACGACAUCAGCUUACGACGUUUGAGGACAAGAGGAAUUGUGAAGGAUUCUUUUGCCUUACACGAAGGUCCACCAGCUUUGACCCCAAAAGGUCCUCUAACAGAUAGACAGUUGUUGGCUGCAAAUUGGGGAGAUAUAGGUAAUUUCUUGAAAGAACAACCCCUGGAUACCAUUCAAAAAUAUUUCGGACCAGAAUUGGCGUUCUACUUUGACUUCGUCAGAUUUCUGGACAACCUGCUUAUUUUUGCGAGUAUUUCUAGUGUGUUAUUCUUCCUGAUCGGAUAUGCUUAUGAUUGGAGCUAUCUGUCUAAAGUAAGAGAACGAGUAUGUAACAGUGAAGAAUAUCUGUGUGCUGGUUGCGAUCCAGAACUGUGCAAAUUGAUUCCCAUGAAGGGUUUCUGUGACUCUUUCGAAGACAGUCAUAUCUACGAUAACAUUGGUACGGUUUUCUUAGAAUUAUGGACGCGAAGAAAAAAUUUCAACCUCAUAAAAUGGAACCUACUACAUGUUGAGUUGGAUAUAUCCACAAGGAUUGGGUAUGAGGAACAAACAGACGUGUUGGUUUUAUCACCAAUAACUGAUGAAUGGGAACCUGCAAUGUCGAAAACUUCAAUAACUUGGAGAUAUAUUGUGAUAGUCCUCAUAAUGUUAGCCCUUAUGUUCUUCGUGUUAUUCUUCGUAGUCAUAACAAUUAUCAUUAACAAAUUCAUCGCAAAGUUUGUCAUCAAAUAUAUUCACAUACCCCUUCUGCUCAAACACAAGAGAUUCUUACUAAGUUGUGCGGGAUCUUUCAUACAAGUACUCUUUAUUAUGGUCAUCGAUAGAGUCAAAUCUCCAGCUGUAAGAUUUAUGACCGAGUUGGAAAACUGUAGGACUCAAAUGGAUUACGACAAUUCGUAUGUCAUGAAACUUUGGAUUAUUGGUUUCGUCAAUGGGUUUGCGGCUCUAUUUUACAACGCAUUUGCUAAAGGGAUCUUUUACACAAAUCCUGGCGACGAAACUGUUUAUUUAGAUUACACUUUCAAGGGAGACUUAUGUGGACCGGCUGGUUGUAAUGUGGACCUCAUAAUUUUGUUAACAUUCAUCCUGGCUAUUCGAACUCUCUUGGUAAAAUGUAUUAACAAAGUUUUCCUACCAAUAAUGAAGUAUAUUUUCAAACGAAAAGUACAUCAUGUUGAGAAAAAAGUUCAGUGGGAAAGCGAUUACCCUCUAGACAGUGUGACGGAAUUGAGUAUUCUAUUGGAAUAUGCAGAAAUUGUUGCCAGGCUCACCAUGGUCCUUUUCUUCACGGCAGUUUUUCCCUUUGUACCUCUCAUCGUAUUUUUCUGUAACUAUGUUGAAGAGAGGGUAGAUGCCAACACCUAUGUCAAUUUUCGCAGAAGACCCAUACCUAGAAAAGUAACUGGGCUGGGAGUAUGGGCCUACAUUUUACAGUUUCUUGUGGUGGUUGCUGUGUUCAUCAACGCUCUCACCUCGUUACUGACAAAACAAUUCUUGGAUAUUGUAUAUUACAAUUACCGACAUAAAGAUUUGGAUGGAUAUCUGGAUACGGUUUUUUCAAAAUUUGCUAUCGCCGACUAUAAAAACGAAAAAAUCAAAACACAAGUUGAGAACUUAACAUAUUGCUUAUAUCAUAGGCCGUUUCGUCAUUCAUACGAUCAUGCCAAUAAGUAUGAGGCUAGCCCCGAGAGAUUUCCUGUUUUAGCAUUUGGAGCUUGUUUCGUUGUUGUUUAUCAGCACGUCGUUUUUGUUUUAUCCAUUAUCUUAGCUAAACUCAUCCCAGACGUUUCUUCUGACGUUGAGGAGCAUCUUCAUCGUCAAAUGGUUGAGGAGAGGAAUCUAUUGCGUAUGCACCGCCAUAAAAAGUUUUUGGAUAAGCGGGUAUCGUUCGGUGUGCACAGAAGAUAAUAAAUAUUUUGCAUUUUCGUUGAAAAAUAUCUUCAU